AUGAGCAUCCCGGGGCCGGUGCUGCUCACCGUGCUGGCGCUGUGGGCCGGGCAGGCGGGAGCAGCCGCGCUGGUCCAGCCCUCCAUCCUGCUGCAGGAGAGCAUCCAGCUGCUGGGAGCGCUGCUGGAGAGCCAGGUUUCCUGCAACAAGAUGAACGUGACAAAUAUUUUUGCGGGCAAUAAGCAUGACAACGACCUGGAAGUCUUGUGCAAAGCCACCACAGUGGCCUUGGAGGGCCGGAGCUGCCACCAGCACCUGGAAGGCAUCUCCCUCAACCUGCUCAGCCUGGUUCGCAGGGAAAGCUCAGCCCCCCAGGGCCCGUGCCCUGUGGCAGCAGGUGACACUACCUCCCUGAACCAGUUCCUGGUGGAUCUACGCAGAGUCCUCCAACGAUUAGUGAAAGACUCAAGUUUUAAGUGA